GGCGGCUCCCGGAAGUGACGCUCAGCCGGGCUCGGGACCGGGGUCGCGCUCGGGACCGGGCCCGGUGUGGCCCCGCUCCACCAUGGAGGCCUGGGUGCGCUUCAGCGCCCAGAGCCAGGCCCGGGAGCGCCUCCUCAGGGCCGCCCAGUACGCCUGUGCCUUGGCUGGGGCCGCGCUGAUCCGCGCCGGGAACGGCUCCGGGGGCAGCUCCGGGACCCUGAGCCGCCUCCAGCACCUGGAGGCUCAUCUGAGCCUGGGCCGCAAGCUGCUGCGCUUGGGGGGCUCGGCCGAGGCCCUGGGGGGGGCUCAGCGCUCGCUGCAUCUACCCGACCCUGUCCUGCGCUUCUGCCUCACCCUGUCCCACCUGAACCGCGCCCUCUUCCUGGCCUGUGACAACGUCCUGUGGGCCGGGAAAACUGGGAUCCUGCCUGGCCUUGACACGGACAAGUGGAGCCAGAGGUCCUUCAGGUAUUACCUGUUUGCUUUGGUAGUGAACCUGAGCCGGGACGCCUACGAGAUCCAGGUGCUGCUGGAGCGCACAGAGGUGGCCAGGAAGCGCGGGAAGAGCCCAGAAAACAGGCCCCAGCUCCAGGCUGACGGCAGGAUCCAGCGUCUCCGGCUCCACCUGCAGCUCCAGCUGCAGCUCCUGCUCCAGGUGCUCCGGGACAACCCUCCACUACUGCUGGACCUGCUCCGGAAUGCCUGUGACCUGGUGAUCCCACUGGAAAAGCUGGGGCUGUGCCGGAGCAGUCCAGGAAUCGUGGCAUUCUGUGGCCUCACCUCCUCCGUGCUCUCCAUCCUCACCAUCCUCCAUCCCUGGCUCAAACUGAAGCCGUAAUUAUCCCAGGAACCUCCUUGGGAUGUUUGGGAAUCCUGGGGGCUUAUCCCAGAGGCUGUGACACCUCCGGAGCUGACUGGCUGAUUCCAUUCCCAUCAUUCCUGACUCCUUGGAGCCACAAGGUUCCAGCAUUGGAUACAACGUUGAAUCCCACAGCGACAUCAGCUCCCGAAAUGUGGUUCUUCCCAUUGACUUUUCCAGCAAUUUUAGAGGCUCAACAUUCCCCCUUUCUGUCUGGGAAGCACCUUUAACAUGGAGCCGACUAGCGGGGAAUAUUUGGGGCUGAAAAAUGUGGAUCGCUGGGGGCUUCUCACGGUUUUUGGGGUGGUGGGGUGGAUGUGAAGCCACGGCGUUGCGAUGGUUCCAGUGCCGGAUAGUGUAUCCAACUGCAAAUCGUUUGGACAAUUUUCCUGCCUUAGAAGAAAUCCGAGUGCAGGGAGAGGGGAAUGGGAAGAGUGGGUGUCAGGGAUAAAUCCAUGGCUUUGAGGGAAGAUUUCGGCAGGAAUUUGCCCUCCUGAACCCUCCCUGAAAGCCUGGGGGAAAGAAGUGACCGGACUGAGUUGCACCAAGCUGAAGGAUUACUCCCAGUAUUCCCAUAUGGAUUUUUCUCCGUCGGAGAACACGGAGGGGACUUGGCAUCCUGAGUGCUUCCCAGCAGAUCCACCUCCCUUCCUCUGCCCAGAACCACACAGAUCCACCUCGGCUGCACUUCCCUUCCCAGAUACCCUGUUCAGUGGCGUUUUUUGGGAUAAAUCAGAGUGUGGCUGGUUCUCUGUCGGGAUUCCCUGCACCCAGUAUUCCUGGCGCUGCUGCCUCACUGAAUUCCCUUUUUCCCUGGAUUCUGUGACACUGGAUUGUGUGGGGCCCCAGCCCAGCUCUGAUGUCUAUUACUAAGCCCUGGACUCAGGGACACACUGGGAGCUGGGAAUUAUUUAAUUCCAGAGGCAGAUUAUCCUUGUAUCUGUCCCUGGGAGAGCAGGAGUAUCCUCUUGAAGAUUUUUUGGGAGCUCCAUACCAAAACACCGUGCACUCCUGGGCCCAUCUGGGCUGUGCCAAAGGCUUCUUCCUGGGAAAACCAGGCAUUAAAGGCUUUGGAGCAGUGUAUAUCCCUGUGGGAAUUGGGAUGGGCGGGAAGUGUUCCAGGGGAUCCCACAGUGUCAGUGUAAUUAAUUAAUUAAUUUAAUUAUUAAAGUGCAGCAGCCUCCA